AUGAUCAGCUCUCCAACGGAGAAAGUGACCUCGUUGGGGAAGGAUUGGCACCGCCCCUGUCUGAAGUGUACAAAGUGUAGCAAGACCCUCAGCUCCGGAUCACAUGCAGAGCAUGAGGGGAAACCGUACUGCAACAAGCCCUGCUACGCUGCCCUGUUCGGACCCAAAGGAUUCGGACAUGGAGGCACCGAGAGCCACACGUUCAAAUAGACACCUACAGGUUCAAGCUGUUCAUUAAAGUUUUGCAUGAAGAUAAUUUCAAACCUCAAGCAGGAAGACCUGCAGUGAGAACCCUGCCGGCUGGCCCCCCCCCCCCCCCCGUCUUCCUUCUGCUAACGAUGUGUCGACCAUCACACCCCUCCUCCCCCACCCUUGUCCCGUACUAAUGUGGACAUUUUAAUAAAACUCGUUAAAAAGG